AUGAGAGCAUUUAUUGAUAUUGACAAACCAUCUAAAAAUCUAUCCCAAUCAAAUCUUAGAUCACUAUUAGACAAAAAUAACCCUGAGUUAAAUUAAUCUAGGCCAGCUAUAAACACUGAUAAACUAAUUAGCUAGAUAAAUUAGAGACACCAAGCUCCAAAAACUUAAACUGCUUAUAAAUAGGUAGUCUAGAAGUAGAAUAAAGUUGAAUUCGAUAUUUUUAAAAGACUAAAAACAACUAGCAAUAAUUAGCAAGAGAUAAUUGAUUUUGAAGAUUAAUCCAAUGAUCUACCCUCUUAAUAGAUUGAUGAUGAUUAGAUGAUUUCUAUCAAUGAUAAAUUUACGAUGAAAUUACCCAAACAAAGAGAAUUAAGAAAAUAACUGUAAGGUCCAUAUGUAUAGAAAGCUUUAGUUAAAUAGGACUAGAUAUAAUAGCCAAAGUAGGUAAAAGCUAUUGUAGACACAAAAUUAUUGGCUCAAGAUUAGGUUAAGGAACCAAUUAAAGUCGAUCUUAAAAAUCCUAAGCCUAAAGAGGACCAUCUGACUGUAUUCGCUGAUAAUAUUCCAAAAACUGUUGAUACACAUUCUCUAAAAGUGUAUUUCACAUAGUUUGGAAGAGUUAAAGAUAUAGAUUUCGACCAAAAUAGGCUAGAAGCUAAGAUUUUAUUUAGUAAUGAAGAUGCAGUUGAAAGAGCUAUAAAACUUCACAAAGAACAGUAAUAUCAAGGACAUACACUGAAUGUUUCAAAAAUUUAAUAAGCCAAUACUUAUUCUGAGAAAAUAAAUAUAUAGCCUACUACAUUGCUAGUUAUAAGAUCAGGUAAUAAUGGCAGAUAGGUAUUCUAAAAAUGA